AUGCACACCUCCUGCUUAGCAGCUGUCUUGGCCGCUGGGUUUGUCACUGUGGUUCAUGCUGCAGAGUCAUUAUCAGACGUGUGUAGUACUGCGCAUGUUAAGAAUUCACUGCCAGUUGAUGCUCUCCUUGGAGUGACAAUACAAAGCAGCAGUGUAACUGCUGCUUCCAUCCUCGACUACAAUGACACAGGCUCACCAUUCUUCCCUGACACUAUUGUGAGCUUCUGCAAUGUGACAUUUAGCUAUAGCCACAAUGGAAAGGAAGAUCAAGUUCUGGUUAACUAUUUCUUACCGGCUCCAGCUGAGUUCCAAAAUCGAUAUGUCUCGCAAGGUGGUGGUGCCCUUGAUAUUUACUCCGGUACUGCGACAAUUGCUGGUGGCGCUCAAUACGGCGCAGUAAAUGGUGGAACUGAUGGUGGCUUUGGAAGUUUUUCAGCCUCAUUUGAUGAAGUUGUACUUCUUGACAAUGGAACGGUCAAUCUCGAUAUUGUCAGUUUAUUUGGCUAUCAAGCACAUUACGAGCUUGGUGUACUUGGCAGGGCGUUUACUCGUCUGUUUUAUGGGAUGUCUGAGAAGGACAAGUUGUACUCAUACUUCCAAGCUUGCUCAGAGGGUGGUCGCGAGGCAUUCAGCCAGCUUCAACGUUAUGGGGACCUUUGGGAUGGUGCUUCAGUUGGUGCUCCAGCUUUCCGCUAUUCAUUCCAGCAAGUUCAACAUCUUUUCUCGAAUGUGGUCGAAAAAACAAUCGGGUACAAUCCUCCUCUCUGCGAAAUGGCAACAAUCAUCAAUGCGACCAUCAACUAUUGUGAUAAACUGGACGGCAGAACGGAUGGAGUUGUGGCUCGAACAGACCUUUGCAAAUUGAAAUUCGAUCUUGAGACUUUGAUUGGGGAAAGCUAUGAAUGCGCCGCAUCAGGCAUCACCCCUAUUCAGAAGGGUAAUAUCACGAAAAAAGGAGUUCAAGUGGCAAACGAAAUUAUCAACGGCCUACACGAUUCCAAGGGACGUCGUGUAUACAUUUCCUAUCAGCCAACAGCUGACUUCCAUGAUGCUCAAACCACAUAUAACUCUGAAACUGAUUCGUGGGAUAUCUCUAUCGUUGGACUUGGCGGGCAAUAUGUGGCCCAACUACUCCAGAACAUCAAUAUUGAGAAUCUUCCAACUCUUGACAAUGUCACGUAUGAUACACUCAAGUACUGGAUGAUAGAGGGUAUGCAACGAUAUCAAGAUACGUUACAGGUCAACUGGCCAGACCUCACCCCCUUUCAGGCCAGCGGGGGGAAGCUUAUCCACUUCCAUGGUGAAUCUGAUAGUAGUGUGCCUACUGCCUCAUCAGUUCGAUACUGGGAGUCUGUCCGUAAGACCAUGUAUCCUGACCUGGAUGACGAUGAGAGCACCAGUGCAAUCAAAGACUGGUAUCGCCUUUACCUUGUACCCGGCGCUGCCCAUUGCGAUUGGAACGACGAGCAGCCCAAUGGUCCAUGGCCGCAGACAGGUCUCCAAACAAUUAUUGACUGGGUUGAAAAUGACAUUGAACCAAUCAAACUCAAUGGAACAGUGGGAGCAGGUAAAAAUGCCGGUGAUAUUAUGGAGAUUUGUGCAUGGCCGCUCCGACCUUACUGGAGGAAUGAUGGAAAGACUCUUGAAUGCGAGUAUGAUCAGGCUUCUAUAGACACAUGGAUAUAUGAGUUUGAUGGUGUCCCAGUGCCGGUUUACUAG